AUGCGUUGGCUUUCAAGCAUCCUAAUAGCCCUUGUGGCGACAGCCUCUGUCUCUGACGCUAUCAACACCAGCGACAAGGACAUGGAAUGCACCGACGGCCUUUACAUCGUCGUCGCCAGAGCCACAAACGAGCUGCCCGGCCCAGGUGAAAGCGGACGCAUCGCCAACCGUGUGGCCGACCGCAUUCCCGGAUCCAAAGUUGUUGGCCUUGAUUAUCCGGCCCAGUUUAUCCAACCCUUCUACAUUGAUUCGCAGAGAAAAGGUCAGGAGGCCCUCAAGGCAGUCCUGGAGGACUACGUCGACAAAUGUUCCAAGGGGAAAUUUGCAGUGAUUGGUUACUCUCAGGCUGAUCAACGAAACAAACAGGGUGCUCAGGUCACUGAGGACAUCAUCUGCGGAACCAGCGGAGGUCUCUUCAGCAAGGUCGAGCCAAUCAGUUUGAAAAUAGCCCAAAGCAACUUGAUUGCAGGUAUUCUCUUUGGCGAUCCGACACACGUCAAAGGCUCCAACUUCAACUUUGGCACUGCCCCAUACAGCGGCAUCUGGAACCGCAAAUCGAGCAGUGUCGACCGUUGCGAGUCCCUUUCCGAUCGCAUCCGGUCCUACUGCGACAAGGGCGAUGCGUUCUGCGACAAGGGGUCCGCUGUCGACGAGGAGGUACAUCGUGCAUAUGUGAAGCUCUACGGUGAUGAAGUCGUUGACUUCAUUGCCCAGCGCUGGGAAAACGUCACGGGAAGCAGUCCGAGGCGGGAAAGUGCCGAGAGCAUCAAGAGGUGGGGAGGGCCAAACAGCUCAACCUACAACGGGAGCACCCAAAUUUCCGGUGACAAGACCGGCGGCGGUGGUUCUGAGAAUAAUUCGAACAAGAGCAAUACCAAUAACGGCGAGGGCGGGAAUCCAGAUGCUGAAGAGGGGGCUGCUGCCAGUCUCCGACUCAUUGCCGGCUUGAUCCAUGCCGGGUUACCACUGUUCAUUCUCUGUCUGUUUCACAUACUUCAUUAA